UUUAGUAACGUCGUCUUUCGGUCAUCCGUUGAUGACGUCACUAAAACUACAUUCAUUGUACGUCAUAAAAGCUGACGUAAUUGUGAACACAGCAAAAACGACGUGAAAGAGACGUUAUUGUUUAAUGGAACGAUUAUGUAAUAAUAUGCUAAAGUAGAAUAAUGAAGAGUUUUUCCUUGCAGUCAUUUUUAUUCCAAACAUCCUACAUCUACAGAAUAAUUAUGUGCCUUUUUGCCUACAUCCAAUAAAAGAUGAAGUUAAAUCAGUAUCGGACGUUGCGCAUGCGCACAAAUAACAAACCGGAAAACGCGAAUGUGAUCCCUAUUUCAGAAUAUUCAGAUUUGUCAAACGUGAAACGAGUCCUUGUAGUUAAGUGGCGAGUGGCUAUUUUGUUGUUGGAAUUGAACAUUUGGACAUAGAUGUUUUCAAUCGUGGAAUUUGACGACGAUGACGGCGUGGCUAUUGUAAACACGGCAUGGCUGACACCACGUAAACGCGAAACGUACUGGCCGCCGACGAAAGAUCGAGAAAAAUUUUACAAAAUUUUGACUUGCGAUCAAUCUAAUACCAGCAGCUGGAAUUUAUAUAAAAUUAAACGUGUAUUUUAUUACACUGAUGAUAUUGAAGUUGCGAAAAGGAAAUUGAAGAAGGUAGAAGUUACAUCUGAUCUACAUACUGAGUCGGAUGAUGAGGUGAAGGCUCCGAGAAAAAGGGCACGCACAAAACCGUCACGUUUGAUUGAGGAAGAUUGUGGCAGCGCAGAGAGCGAUCAUCAAGACGAUACCUCUACUAACGAUGAAAGACCACCUCGUAAUAAUUGGCAAUUUUCCAAGCAGAUUAGUAAUGGCCAAGAAAAUGGUUUUAUAAGGCAAAAUGAAUGCCCAUCAACCCCACAAAUAACCCCGUCAUCAAGAACAAAUGUUCGUUUUAGUACUCCUACUGUGGAGAAUAGUCAAGGUGAUCUUAAAGAGUGUUCAUGUCUACCGCAUGUCCUAAAAAUUUAUGAACAGAACAAAAAAAUUUUAAAACUUCUGGAACAACAACAUCAUCCUUUAGCGGACGUUACAUUUGGAGAUGAAUUUCAGUUUCCAUUACAUACCGUUGAAGAUGUGGAGCAAAUGGAAAACCUAAUAUCUUCCGAUAUAGGUCUUCAAAGACGAUUGGUAAUGCAACUUUCCAAACUGGGUGGGAAUGGAGUUGUUUCCAUAACCAAUAAAAUAUUAAAAACCUUAAUGGAAGAUAGUUUGGCAAGUGAAUUUAAUUUUUUUGGAAAAAACAAAAAGAAGGCGUUUGGGAAUUUAAAAUUAAAGGAAAUUGUUGUCAGCAGCCCUUCACGUACGGACUUCGCUUCGAGCUUGGCCUGUACGAACAUUGCCCAACAUGAAUUCAUGCAAAGCUCGAACGUGAAUAAGGGACCAGACGAGCAGCACUUUGUUUUGUUGCAACUUGGGUCGUGUUGA